AUGAUUUGUAAGCCUAUUGAAGGAUCGACCAGCAGCAGCAGCACCAGUAGCAGUACGAGCACGAGUACAAGCACAAGCACCAGUACCAGCAGUAGCAGCACCAGCAGUAGCAGCAGCAGCAGUAGAAGCAGCUGCAGCAGCCUGGAGGGUGGGCGGAAUGUCAACUUAGAGCUGUCCUUUGAGUACCUCAUGAGUCGUGAGGACAUGCGGUGGGUGACAGUGACAAGCCCCCAGGCUGUCCUCAUGUCCAUGUGCCUCCAGGGAAUGGUGCAAGAGCUCCUUACGCGCAAACGUGGACACAAAGUCCGGACUCCGAGCAAGCGGGUUCGCAAAGGUAGUCUUUCAUAUAUGCGAAGAGAUGGAAGCAGCACACAAGUGACACUUAACCAUACGGGCGAGAACCUGCCAAUGGAUGGAGCCACCCAGUCUCCCAUCGGCGAACUGUCCCUCAGUCGGCUGAGCGAACGUCUGAGUGACCUCACUCCUCGACAACCGUCCGCACUCAGCUAUGCGCACCAAUGGAGAAGCCGAGCCAAGCACAGUGGAAAAUGA